CCAACCAAAGUAGUACAUUUUGGUUUGGUCACACUUUUGACUUUAACCUUAAUAUAACAUCAUUUGACACCUAACCUUUUUCAUUCUCUUUUGGUUGAUUUUAUCAUUUAUGUAAAUUAUGCUCACCCCAGAUUCCAAUUUUCCCAUAUCAUCACCAAAAUUUGUUUUUGUUAGAGUGGAAAGUGGAUGUUAAAGUUUGUACCAUUUGGGAGAGAAAGAUGAAGGAUUUUCCUGGGACACCAGGUACUGUCCUUGGUUUGAUUCUGAGGUUGUCACAGUUCAUUUUUGCAGCAGGCUCAAUUGCUUUCAUGGUUUCAUCAUCAAGUUUCUUUAAUUUUACUGCCUUUUGUUACUUGAUAGCUGCAAUGGGUUUACAAGCCAUUUGGAGUUUUGUGCUUGCUUUAAUGGAUGCAUACGCUGUGGUGAGAAGGAAAGUUCUUCACAACCCUGUACUGGUUUGCCUCUAUCUGGUUGGAGAUUGGGCAACAUCCACACUAUCUCUAGCUGCAGCGUGUUCCUCAGCCGGCAUCACAGUUUUGUUCUUUAAUGAUCUAAGACAUUGCUAUUUUGGAGAGGAAUGCCGAAACUACCAGCUUUCAGUUGUGUGUGCCUUCUUGAGCUGGAUACCGAUUUCAAUAUCGUCCUUAAUUAUGCUUUGGCUAUUAGCUGCAGGGUAGUAAAGACAAUAUAUUGAUUCCACAAGUAUUGUCUCAUCGAAAAUGUGUUCAUCUUGUUCAUAAAUUUCUUUGAAAGUGUCAAUAGGAAAGGAAAUAGAUUAGGUUUACACUCAUUCAAAUUGAUUCCUUCAUUUCAACUGGAAUUGUGAUAGCAUCAGAUAGUAAAGAGACAGAGAAAAAUGUAUUUGAUUUUGCCAUGCAAAGAAACUAGUCUACACCAAAAGUUGUUACAAAUUACAAUAGUUAUUAAUUAAGAUGUAAUAUCAAAGAGGUUAUUGAUUUGAUAUUGGAAUUUUCUUUUCAAAAA